AAUGAGUGUCACCGAGCUUCCCCGUGUUUCUCCUUCGCCGACCGCUGAGGGCACGCCACCACCGACCACACUGGUCACCAUAGAUAUAGUGGUGCUGGUCAUCUACUUCAUCUUGGUCCUGGCUGUGGGAUUUUGGUCAAUGUGGAAUACCAAGAGAAGCACAGUGGAUGGGUAUUUCCUAGCAGGCAAAAACAUGACCUGGUGGCCGGUUGGUGCGUCACUGUUUGCCAGUAAUGUAGGCAGCGGUCACUUCAUCGGACUGGCAGGCUCAGGAGCGGCCGCUGGUAUUAGUCCCACCGCUUAUGAAUGGAAUGGCAUGGUGAUGGUGUUGCUCUUAGGCUGGAUGUUUUUACCCAUCUAUAUUGCAUCAAGGGUCACGACAAUGCCUGAGUACUUACAGAAAAGAUUUGGUGGCAGAAGAAUACAGUUAUUUCUUUGCGUUUUAUAUCUAUUUAUUUACAUCUUCACAAAAAUAUCGGUUGACAUGUAUGCAGGAGCCGUGUUUAUCCAGCAGGCUCUUCAGUGGGACAUCUACCUCGCUGUGAUUUUACUUCUGGGCAUCACAGCCCUCUACACCAUAGCAGGUGGUCUGGCAGCUGUGAUCUACACCGAUGCAGUUCAGACUCUCAUUAUGCUGAUAGGAGCAAUGAUCCUCAUGGGCUUCAGUUUUGCAGAGGUCGGAGGAAUUCAGGGACUUCUGGAUAAAUAUCCUCACGCCAUUCCCUCUAUAAGAGUCCCUAACACUACAUGUGGUAUUCCUCGAGAAGAUGCCUUUCAUAUAUUUCGUCACCCUGUGACCUCUGAUCUCCCCUGGCCAGGGGUCAUACUGGGAAUGUCUAUACCCUCCAUGUGGUACUGGUGUUCAGAUCAGGUUAUAGUUCAGCGAUCAUUGGCUUCUAAAAACAUUCUUCACGCUAAAGGAGGUUCACUGCUCGCCUCUUACCUCAAAGUUCUGCCUUUCUUUAUGAUGGUGCUUCCAGGCAUGAUAAGCAGGAUCCUUUUUCCAGAUGAGGUGGGUUGUGGAGACCCUGAUGUUUGUAAAGAGGUGUGUGGGAAUCCGGUGGGCUGUUCAGACAUUGCUUAUGCCAAACUAGUCAUGGAGCUUCUUCCAGCAGGUCUAAGGGGUUUAAUGAUGGCCGUCAUGUUGGCUGCUCUCAUGUCCUCCUUGACCUCCAUAUUUAACAGUUCCAGCACAAUCUUCACCAUGGAUCUGUGGAGGAACAUACGCAAAACUGCCUCUGAAUGGGAGCUUAUGAUCGUGGGCAGAGUGUUCGUGCUGGUAUUAGUGGUGGUGUCAGUGUUGUGGAUUCCUCUGGUUCAGUCCAGUCAAGGUGGACAGCUCUUCAUCUACAUUCAGUCUAUCAGUGUCUACCUGCAGCCUCCAGUAUCUGUUGUCUUCCUCACCGGCUGCUUCUGGAAACGCACCAAUGAAAAGGGAGCAUUCUGGGGCCUGAUUCUGGGCUUGUUGGUGGGGUGUAUAAGGAUGACUUUGGAUUUCGUCUACCCCUCGCCAAACUGCUACGAGAGCGACACCAGACCUGACAUCAUCAAAUAUGUUCACUUCUUAUACUUCUCCAUCAUUCUCACUCUACUCACACUUAUAGUGGUGGUUUGUGUCAGCCUGGCGACAGAAAAGCCCAAACCUGAGCAGAUCAGUCGACUGACGUGGUACACACGUUUUGACCCCAUAGAGAAGACAGAAGAGGUUGUGACUACAGAUCUGUACACAAUCGAGAGUGCCACACAGUACACGAAAGAGAUGGAAACUGAUGCCUAUGAAACACAAGACGCAGACUCUUGCAGUAUUGAGCCCAGCGAGAAGACUUCAUCCAAGCUGAAAUCUGCUCUGCUUUGGAUCUGUGGAAUGGAGAAGCAAGGAGCGAAACCUGUGAGUCUUCCUCCAGAGCCCCCGGUGUGUUCGCUGGAUGAAGACCCCUGUAUGAAUCACUUGUUAAAUGCCAACCUGAUCAUCUGUCUGUCAGUGGCUGUGUUUCUCAUUGCUUACUGGGCAUAAUGUAUUAAGACAAAUCUUCAUUGGUGAAUCUCAUAAAAACACAUGUAGAGCUAAUCAUUUUUGCAUGAAGAAAAGUGGGCUUUAUUUUAAAGAGCACCUAUUGUCCGAAUCAAGAUUUUACAUUUCCUUUAGUGUGUAAGUGUGUAUUACACUGCAAAAAAUGACUUUCUUACUUAGUAUUUUUGUCUUGUUUUCAG